UCCUAUUGGAUGAAGUUUCAGAACUCCGCCUUCUAGGUUUAUAAUGUUGGGCGACAGGUGGAUGAGACACACAGCUGCAGCUCCACCAACAACUCCGCAAGAUGGUGUUCACCAUUAAGGACAUGAGCUUUAAGGCGGGGAUGGAGAUGAAGGUCUCUGGGAAGAUCAAGCCUGGCUGUGAUGCGUUCUCCAUCAACAUCGGGCACGACGCUGACGCCAUCGCUCUUCAUUUCAACCCUCGCUUUAACGCACAUGGAGACAGCAACACCAUCGUCUGCAACUCAAAGCAGGGCGGAUGGGGCUCUGAACACCGUGAACACUGCUUCCCAUUCCAGCAGGGAGAAGAGUUCAAGCUGAGCAUCACCUUCAACAACGAGACCUUCUACAUCAAACUCCCUGAAGGAACCAUGAUGAGCUUCCCGAACCGAUUCGGAGACGAUGCCUUCACACACGUACACGUGAAAGGAGACGUGAAGAUCAUCAGCAUUAAAGCCAAAUAAGCAGGAGACGCUCAUCUGUCAAGCCAUAGAGAAAACUGCAGAGUCAAUAAAUCCACUGACUGAAUGUGAAAA